AGCCAGGGAAGGAGGGGUGAAGACAAAUGUAACUGUCUCUGUUGCUCUGCCACAGCGUGUUACAGAACAACAACAAAUCCUGCCAUUCUGCACAUCCUGAGGUUUCUCCUCUAUCAUGAAGGUGUACAUAGCUGAGACAGACUUAUCAGAAAAUACAAAAGAGUGGAAGCUGGUUUCACUGUAUGCACUGACAAGGAAGGGAAUUUGUUUGUUUCGUCGAUAUACAUCCACCGGCUGAGGAAGUAUACAGUGAGCAAUCAUCUUUUGGGGGACGUUUACUCUUUUAGAAUACAUGCUCCUCACAUUUUGCCUGGCCACCUUUUCACUGGGAUGUAGUGAGGAUUGAUGGUUCAUACAGGCUUUUCCCUAAACAUCUGCUGACUCUGGAAACCUGGCAUCAUGCCAGUGAUGAAGGGGCUGCUGGCACCCCAGAACACCUUCCUGGACACUAUUGCUACUCGUUUCGAUGGCACUCACAGCAACUUCCUCCUUGGGAAUGCUCAGGGUUACCGUGGCUAUCCCAUUGUGUAUUGUUCCGAUGGAUUCUGUGAGUUGACGGGGUUUGGACGAACAGAGGUGAUGCAGAAGAACUGCAGAUGUAAUUUCCUAUAUGGUUCAGCCACGAGUGAGCAGGUAACUCAGAGUGUGGAGAAAGCACUGGAGAGCAAGGAAGAGUACCAGGCUGAGGUGCAGUUCUACAAGAAGAAUGGAAGUUCAUUCUGGUGUCUGCUGGACAUCGUCCCCAUUAAGAAUGAAAAGGGGGAGAUGGUGCUUUUUCUGUUUUCAUUCAAGGAUAUCACAGAAACAAAAGAUAAGAGCCAUCACAGCAGCAGAACUGAUGAUAAUAAGCCAUACAAAAGGACCACUGGAGACUCUCAUUUCAGUAAAGCCAGAAGGAGAGGUCACACCAUGAUUUACCAGCUAACAAGCCAGUUUACCCGUGACAGCAAAAAAAAUGUCAACUUAAGCAAGGACAUGUUUGAAAAACCAUCCCUGCCUGAGUACAAAGUGGCAGCAGUCCAGAAGUCUCGAUUCAUCCUGCUGCAUUAUAGUGUGUCCAAAGCAUUGUGGGAUUGGAUGAUUCUACUAGCUACAUUCUACGUUGCUGUGACCGUGCCAUACAAUGUGUGUUUCACAGCGUACAGUGAUCUGGAGACUGCAGGCAGGAGCACGAUAGGUAGCGACAUCGCAGUGGAAAUGCUUUUUAUUCUGGACAUCAUUCUUAACUUUCGCACCACCUACGUGAGUCAAUCAGGGCAGGUGGUGUACGAGCCUCGCUCCAUCUGUCUGCAUUACGCUACAACGUGGUUCUUUGUAGAUCUGGUGGCUGCGCUGCCCUUUGACCUGCUCUAUGCAUUUAACAUUACUGUUACGUCUCUAGUGCACCUGCUGAAAACUGUGCGAUUGUUGCGUCUGUUAAGACUGCUGCAGAAGUUGGACAGGUACUCGCAGUACAGCGCCAUGGUACUAACACUGCUCAUGUCGAUGUUCGCUCUGCUGGCUCACUGGAUGGCCUGCAUCUGGUACAUCAUUGGACGCAAAGAGAUGGAGACCAAUGCCAAUGGAGCCUGGGACAAUGGCUGGCUACAUGAGCUGGGCAGGCGUUUGGACAAGCCCUAUUUCAACAGUACAGUUGGUGGUCCUUCGGUUCGCAGUGCUUACAUUGCCUCUUUAUAUUUCACCUUGAGCAGUCUGACCAGUGUGGGCUUCGGCAACGUUUGUGCCAACACUGAUGCUGAGAAGAUUUUCUCUAUUUGCACUAUGCUCAUUGGGGCUCUCAUGCAUGCUGUGGUGUUUGGGAAUGUAACAGCCAUCAUCCAGCGCAUGUACUCACGUCGCUCACUAUAUCACACGCGCAUGAAAGAUUUGAAGGACUUCAUUCGUGUUCACCGGCUCCCACAGCAGCUGAAACAACGCAUGCUGGAAUAUUUCCAGACCACCUGGUCUGUGAAUAAUGGCAUCGAUGCCAAUGAGCUCUUGCAUGAUUUUCCUGACGAGUUGCGUGCAGAUAUAGCCAUGCACUUAAACAAAGACAUCCUGCAGCUGCCCGUGUUUGAUGGUGCCAGUAGGGGCUGCCUGCGCUCACUCUCCCUCCAUAUCAAAACCACUUUCUGUACACCGGGGGAAUAUCUCAUCAGACAGGGGGAUGCGUUGCAGGCCAACUACUUUGUCUGUUCUGGGUCACUGGAGGUUCUGAAGGACAACAUGGUCUUGGCUAUUCUGGGAAAAGGAGAUCUGAUUGGCUCAGACCUGCCAUCCCAGAAUCACGUGAUCAAGACGAAUGCAGAUGUAAAGGCACUGACAUAUUGUGACCUGCAGUACAUAAGUAUGAAAGGUUUAAGUGAUGUUCUUGAACUAUAUACCGAGUAUGCCAGCAUCUUCACUAGUGACAUCCACCUAAACCUCACAUACAACCUAAGAGAGGGCAGUGAGACUGAGCAGAACUACCCAUACUCCAGUGCAACAACUGAGAAUAAGGGUCCAUCCACUGUAGAAAAGGCUAAUGAUCUAGACAAGUACUUCCAUGUCCCACCUGCUUCCAAUACAUGCCGAAAUCUUCUUCUGCCCACUCUAAGCAACCCAGUAAGAUGUACAUCACUGGGGAAUCUUUUAGGGGAAGAGUUACUGCAGUUAAACACCCUGCGACAGUGUCGUUCUCCUGUCAGGGGCUGGAGUUCAAACCCUUCCCCUAAACAUCAGAACAAACUACAGAAACAAACCCAUCCUCCCUCAUCUACACCCAAAUCCAUCCAUAGGACACAGACAGAUUCUGGAGGUACUGGACGCAAACCUGCCAAACUGCUCAUCCCCACUCUCAACUGCUUUGGACCACCAGAUCUUAGUCCAAGAGUUGUAGAUGGAAUUGAGGACAACGGACAUGUGUUUCGUUUUAAUGUGGAGGACACCACUGCCAAAACUAGCACAGUGACAUCACUGGGUAGUAAGACACUGGACGGGUAUAAUCAGGUGAAAGAGUCACUGCUUCAGGAGACAAAGGAAGUGAAAGAGACCAUUGAACAACUCAACAAUAAGAUGGGCAACCUGAAACAGGAAGUGUCAAUUCUAACAAAGGAUCUGCAUCACAUAAUGCACCUCCUGCAAACACAGAUAGCUGUUCGUCAUUACACAGCACCUUUGUCCUCCUGUCCCUAUGGAGUCAACAUGAUGUCCAGUUCUUCCAUCAGUAUGUCUCCAGCCUACAUCUUGGGUUCCAGCAUCCACAUGCAGCACAAAGACCAUGUUGUCCCUGAGGGUCUCCUGGCGUCCACAUCUUGGAGUCACAGCCGGCCUGGUGAAUCUGGUUUCACUCAGCACACGGAGAGACAGGAACACUUUCAUCAGCAUGAGCCUAAUCAACCCUCUCCUGUCACAGCAAAAGAGCCCUGUUCCCAUGACUGGAGUUCCCUGUACACCUCAAUUCCCUCCAAUAUCAGCCACCAUCACUUAUCUGCUGGCUCCCCUCACCUUAGCAUCCACCCAGGAACCCAGGGGCCAACACCUGGAGAAAGUCCUUGAGCAGAGGGCUUAUCACUGGGCAUUUGUGCUGAAGAUAGAGCUCAGUCCAGUAUCAGCCAGUCACACCAUUUUGCAAAUACUUUUUCCUCAAACAUUGGGCAAUUCUUCUUUUUCUAGCAAAGUCACGCCAAGCUUGUAUUCACACCUACACCUUUCCACAGAACCAGCCUUUACCUACCCCACUUCAACCAUGGAUGAAAAGCACAGGACUCCAGAGGUGGCCCUUAAUCAGAAUGUGGUACCUUCCACUUUCCUACUGGAUCUGAUGGACUGACAAUGAGGAAUGACUAUAAUCAACUCUGCAUCCAAAAUUUCUGUUUGAAUUUUAACACCAUUUUCCAUUCAUUAUGAAUUUCAUAAGUUCAUGAGUACAAAGAGAAAAAGCUGCUCAGCAGUUAAUCAUCUAGUUUAUCACUGAAUCCCUUUUCCACCAACAGGGUGUCUCUGUCGGUCACAGAUGCAGUGGCUAAUCCGGAACCUUUUCCUGUUCCACCCAAAAAAAAAGUGGCAGUAAUUGUGUGGAAGAACUGGCGCCACACCAACUUCAAAAACCUGCUUAUCUUAACCAAGAAAUCACAAAAUGUUAGAGUCCGUGGCCUGGAUGUGCUUACAAAAAACUUGGUUCCUGGCAUUCCGUCCCAUUCCCAAAAACUGUAAAACUAUGCAAAGUUACAUGUGAAUUAUGUCGUCAAAUGGACAGAAUCUAAAAAAAACCUGGUGACUGUUUUGUGUUCAUGAGUAGCCUACAGUAACAUGUUAGUUAUAGAGUUAUAGAACAGUUAUAGAAUUAGCAUUAUCCUAUUUCAAAAAUCACUUUUACUGAACUAUGAUUUAGUUUUCUAUGUGUCUAUAUGUUCCUGACCUGCCUGGUGGAUUAUUAUUUUUCCUAUAGAAUAUGUAGUCUGAAAUGUUGAAUGAAUAUUUUGAAUUGCUGCAGAUAUUUAGCUUGUACAUACUGUACUUUAUCAUUUCACUUUACCUAUCAGAGCUUGACUGUUUACUCAAAUGGGACAUAUCAAAGAAAAGCUAAAUGCACUUAUGGAAUAAAACUUUUAUUCAAAAAUAUAUUGUAUUAUAUUCAAAAUGUCAUACAGUUAACAUUUUCGCAGCACACUGUUCUGACAUACCUCUAUAAUAUAUGCCUAUGAUAGACUGCUCUCACUUUUAAUAUUUAAUUUUUUAUUCAAUCAGAUGACCUCAUCAUAAUGUAUUAUUUGAUGGCCAUUUAGUACUGGAAGAAAUGUUACCAUAAAAUUAAAAGCCCAGAAUGUAUCCACAAAAGGAUUAUUCUGUGAAACUAUCAGAACAGAUAAAAUAACAGCCACUUUAACACAUAUAUGCACAGUUGACAGAAUACUGCAUGACAAAUUAACAAUGCUUAUUAAUAACAGUUACUGUCUUUGCUGAAUCUGGGAAAUGUUGUUGCAUGUUGUUGAAAUUAUGUACAACUUUAAAAAGCUGCUCUCAGAUUCCAGUAGUACUCUAUUGCACUAAGUAACUGAAUUUAAUACUUGGAUUAAUGAGACUCAGGGUUUAUUUUCAUUUGCACAAUGUGUAACCACUUAAAUCAAUGAUGAGCUAUUUCAUUUAAUUCAUUCUACAUUAUAUGCAACAUGGACCUCCACAUAUAUUAAUUAAUACAGUCUUUCAUGUGGACACUUGCAAGUGUGAUAGUAAGUAAUGAAUAUUAAUAAUGUGCACACAUUAUUUUGAGUGGUCAUACAACUAGCAUUGCAGCAGCAGAUGAUUACACACUCUAUGUAUUGUAUUGUUUUAUACUUUUUAAAACUAUGACACUGAAUACUCAGAAGCUUUUAAUUGUUCUGUAGAGGGCUGUUCAUGCUUUUAUUGAUUAUCAAUCAAAACUCUGUCAGACUUUUUCAUUGAUCUCAUUUACAUUAACCUUGAAUCUUGUAUAAAAAGAUUUCUCUUUUUACCACUUCUUGCAUGUAACUUUAAUUCCAGUUGUAAAUUUGCUUAGUUUAUGUGCAUGUAAUUUCAUCAUGAGGGCUCCAAUAAAACACUUUUCCCCGUAAUGUGUACUUAGUAUCUUUGUCUCAACUUUAUCAUACAUGCUGUCUUGGACAGUCUCACAACUAAGUUCCUUUGAGGGGCAAUAUAUUUCCCCUUUUGAUUGAUUUACAGGGGCAUUUUUGCCUUUAUAUUUACCUUUACACUUUUUAUAAUCAUUUUAGUAUAUACAGUACAGACCAAAAGUUUGGACACACCUUC